AUGGUACAUCCAUCUGAUGGUCAAUCAUGGAAGCGCUUCGAUCAAAAGCACCCAAAUGAGCGCAACUAUAGGGUGGCGACCGAGCAUAAGGAUAGGGCGGACGUGGUGCUCCGUAACAUGUGUCGGAAGUUGACACGGCAGCAGUGGUACAACCAGAGGAUCACGUGCAUCGGCCACUUCUAUGCUGAGCAGGGCGUAAGGUACACAAAGCCUGAGAUUGUGCAGGGACUCGCCCCGGCUAUGACGAUAGAUGACUUCAUGUCGGUUGUACCACAUUGGGCUGAUAAUAAUAAGAGGGCCGCCUUCAUGGAGUUGGUCAAGAAUUGGGUCGGCGAAAACCCCGAUUUCAAGGCCGUGAGCGACCGGAACAAGGCCAACCGUGGUUCUCAGGGAACACACACUGCGGGGAGCAGCAGCACCGAUCGCUAUCGGGAGUGGCGAUGA